AUGGCUUCCGAAACAGAUAAUACUGUUCCUACUCUCCGCAAGGUUCUUGUAUCCGAAUCUGAGCCGCUUGCUCGCCGCUUCCGCGCGCUUUUCUCCCUUAAGCACCUGGCCUGCCUACAACCUCCCACAGACCAGACCCUCCCCGCCAUCGAAGCGAUCGCCGCAGGUUUCGCGUCACCCUCGGCCUUGCUCAAGCAUGAGCUUGCCUACUGCCUUGGUCAAACCAAGAACUUCGAAUCUGUCGCAUACCUGCAGCAUGUGGUGAAGGAUACCGAGGAAGACGCGAUGUGUCGCCAUGAGGCUGCCGAGGCGCUGGGCGCUCUCGGAUACGCGGAUAGCUUGGAUGUCCUCAAGAGAUUUAGGGAUGAUACAAAAGAAUUGGAUAUUAUUAGGGAGACCUGCGAUAUUGCUGUCGACCGAAUCCUGUGGGAGAACUCAGAAGAGCGCAAGGCCGAGAAAUUGAAACCUAGCGCCGAACCCUGCAUCCCCGACCUGGAAAAGACACUGCUUGACACCAAGCUCCCUCUGUUCCAAAGAUACCGUGCGAUGUUCGGUCUGCGCGACCUCGCCUCGCCCCCAGACCUUCCCACCGCAGUCGACGCCGUCAAUGCGCUGGCUAAGGGCCUCAAGGACCCCUCUGCUCUCUUCCGCCAUGAAGUUGCCUUUGUGUUCGGACAACUCUGCCACCCUGCCUCAAUCCCUAGUCUCACAGCCUCGCUGAGUGACCUGUCGGAAGUAGGAAUGGUGCGACAUGAAGCGGCGGAGGCCCUUGGCAGCCUGGGCGAGGAGGAGGGUGUUGAGGAGACCCUGAAGAAAUUCUUGAAUGACCCCGAUCAGGUGGUCAGGGACAGUGUCAUUGUUGCUCUCGACAUGGCAGAAUUUGAGAAAAAUGGCGAAAUUCAAUAUGCGCUUAUCCCGGAUAGCGCUGCACCCAUUGCUGCAUGA